CACCCACACAAAAGCUUAUACACCCGUGUCCAUCGCAGCACUUCACAAUAGCCAAAAAGGAGAAACAACGCAAAUGUCUGUCCAUGGCAGAAGGGAUAAACAAAAGAUGGCAGAUGCGUAAAAUGGGAUAUUACUCAUCCGUAGAAAGGAGGGACCUCGAGACGCUGUGCCAGGCACCCAGAAGAGCCCGCAAGAGAGCGGAAGGUGGAGCCGGCUCCAAUGUCUUCUCCAUGUUUGAUCAGUCCCAGAUCCAGGAGUUUAAAGAGGCCUUCACCAUCAUGGACCAGAACCGGGAUGGCUUCAUCGACAAGGAGGACCUGAGGGACACCUUUGCUGCCUUGGGCCGCAUCAAUGUGAAGAACGAGGAGCUGGAGGCCAUGGUGAAGGAGGUCCCUGGGCCCAUCAACUUCACCAUCUUCCUGACCAUGUUUGGGGAUAAGCUGAAGG